AUGGAAGCCCUGGAGCCAGGUGAGGCGAUCGAAGGCAUUGAGGCCAUCGAUGGACAAGAACUACAGUUCUUCCUGAUUGAUGAGAUACUAAUCCACAUGCCAGUCACCUUGUCCUGUACUGAGGACUUCUUCUAUGAAGAGGAUGAUCUAGAGCUUCUGGAAAAACCUCGAGAUGCUGUAGCAGCACAGCAGCAGCACGAUCACGGACAGCGCUCUGAAGCGUUGGGCCCAGUGGCGUCCCCAAAGCGACCCCGCUGGAGUGUGAGCGUGCAGCGCCUGGAUGUGGUGGUCAAGGGAGGCCCCGAGGAGAGCAUCAACACUUUGAAGAGAAGAAGCGCUUGGUCAGGGCCUACACUGGACGUUGCCGGAGCUGCCCAAAGGCCGGAGGCCCACUGGCCUGGCGGGGCGAGAAGAGCAUCGCUUUCCCCCGUGUCACCAUGUGACGAUGAUGGCAAUGCUCCCUGCAUAUGUCCCCGGAUCUUGGAAGGAGCGCUCCUUUCGAAGCGAGAUGAGGCACCAACACCCAGGUCGCGUCUCUUCACGUUUGCCAGAGCUGAGCCACACAGGUCAUCGCUCCAGCUCCGCGCCAGGGAGAUCGCUCGGAGCCCCUCGUCGAGAGGUUGCCUCCUUUCGGUAGGUGCGCAGCUAAGGAUGAGGUGUUUGAUGGCCUUGAGCCCCUGUAAUGUAGACUCUUGA